CAACUCCGAUGGCUCUCCUCCAUUCUUGCUGCUGCUAUUCAACUCCACCGUCGCUGCCUUCUCUUCUCUCUUUCCGAAAUUCGAAAUUUAAUCACCAAUUAUUUACCGUCUCUGCCAUCCGCCCUCAAAGUCGCCGUUUUCCCCGAAAAUCCUUGUUUCAGAGGUUGGAAGCGACUCUCACCGUCGAACCUUCGGCGAAUUCCUGCACCGAGCGCGGCGUAGAGUCUCCGAAACUUCUAUUGGAGGUCAAAGAACUUUCCGCCGUGAUCUCGGAAUCCAAAGAGACGAUUCUUAAUGGCGUAAACCUCGCCGUCUACGAAGGAGAGGUUCAUGCUGUAAUGGGGAAGAAUGGUUCUGGGAAGAGCACUUUUGCAAAGGUCCUUGUCGGUCAUCCAGAUUAUGAGGUUACAGGAGGCAGUGCCAUGUAUAAAGGUGAGAACUUGCUUGGAAUGGAACCUGAGGAAAGAUCUGUCGCUGGGCUCUUUUUGAGCUUUCAAUCCCCAAUUGAAAUCCCUGGAGUGAGUAAUAUAGACUUUCUGAACAUGGCAUACAAUGCUCGAAGAAGAAAACUUGGUCUGCCGGAGCUUGAACCACUUGAGUUCUACGGGUUCAUUGCGCCAAAGCUUAAACUCGUGAAUAUGGAGAUUGACUUCUUAAACAGAAACGUUAAUGAGAACUUUAGUGGAGGUGAAAGGAAGCGCAAUGAGAUUCUACAACUUGCGAUUCUUGGUGCUGAUUUGGCUAUAUUAGAUGAAAUUGAUUCUGGCUUGGAUGUUGACGCACUUAGAGAUGUGGCAAACGCAGUGAAUGGGCUCUUGACCCCUAAGAAUUCUGUUUUGAUGAUUACUCAUUAUAAACGUCUCUUGGAAUUCAUUAAGCCAACCUACAUUCACAUUAUGGAGGAUGGGAGAAUUGUGAAGACUGGAGACAUCUCCUUGGCUCAAGUUCUUGAGAAAGAAGGGUAUAGGGGAAUUUCUGACACCUAAUUGCAUGCCAGUAGCUUCUUCAAGUAAAACAAUUCACCCACCUCUGUUCUCAUGGUGCUUGAGUAAAAAAUCAACAAUUAACUCAGGAAGCAUAUAUUGCAAGCAAGACUAUCAACACUUAGAAACUGCUUGUUUAACAGUGAUGAUCACACAGCCUGAAGCAAUGCUUGAUCUAAACAGCGGAUCCUUUGUCUUGAGUGUGAACACCUUCGAGUUCUGGGAUGUGUCUCCGAUUCAAUCCACUGUUCCUCCUCCAAGUUGAAUGAAACGUAUCUAAAACCUAGAAAAUUCUUACUAGACAACAAAUUGACUUGUGGAUAUAUGUUUCGAGCUGGGUUUUCAACGGAUUUUAAAAUUGACGAUCAUGUUUGGAGAGGUUUGGUUGCAAGUACCCUGUUGAAGCUUUAGGGGAGAUAAGGCAGUGGAAGGAUAAUUGGAGAGAGUGACCAAUGAUCUGCGCAUUGUUUGAGGAUCUGCAGUACUAUGGAAGUGCCAUGGGUGAAAUUCUGCUCUUGAACUAUGCUCUGGAACUGUCUGGGAUGCUAUUGUAUUGUUUUAACCAGUCUCUUUCACACUUGCAAUAAAGUUGCAUAUAUCCGACCUCCCUGAGAAUCUGCCGUGACAGGAACGUGGUGCAUUGUGCUGUCUAUUUUGGUCAUGAUUUAGGUCGUUACUUAAGAUUUGCUACAAAUUUUUCAUCAAUUUGCCCCUUGCAGCCUAGAUUUUCAGUCAGGGGUCAAUUUAUGCUUAAUCUAACUUUUAUUAAAACCAAAGUUGGUCAAUUUUCAAUGCAUUACCAUGUAAGUACUAACAACAAUGAUUCCACGGGGAAAAAAAUUGAAAUAAGAGUUUGGUCCAGACAGUUUAUACAAUAAACUAGACGUUUAAUUAUGGGACAAGAUCGUAUAUUUUCCAAUCCAAUAUCAAAGAAGCUCUGCGAAGUGUCAGCAUAAGGCAUCUUUGUUUUUUUUUUUUUU